GAACCCUAGAACCCUUCCAAGCCCUAAUUCUGCUUCACACCCACACUCUGUCAAGGUCUUCUUUUACAUCUCCCUAAGUCGCAAGGAGCUUUGGUUGCCAAUUUCUUUGUACUAGGUGUUUCGGUAAUAGGAAAGACUCGUUCAGGUCACUUCCUUUUGACUCUUCGAGACUUCAACUGAGGCGGUAGUGGCAGUAGAGUCGAAAUUCGAGAGACCGGUGCAUUUUAGCCGUUCUCUCCCGGAGUUGUAUAACGCCUCGCGAUUCUGGAGUGUUCGUGAUAGAGGACACGUGCGACUGAGCGGAAAUCAACAUCAUUAUCCUUCUAUCCGCAAAAUGGCGAAGUCGAAGCGCCGAAAGCAGCAGUCGCCGCACCAUUCCCCGAAUCCCGGCCGGUUUAGCCCGGGGCCUCCACAGGGUGGCACCAAAACGAUUUUGCCACAAACGGGCGUUCCGCUAACGAAUAACGGGAGUAAAGGCGCACCGUCGUCUGCGCCAACGGGCGGAAAUCCCGCUAAACCCCGCCCAGGGCAGGCUUACAUUAUGGAUCCGCAAUUGGUGACACGUGUCGAGAAGAUAUUGGCCGACAGCGACUACGUGAGCGUGGAAGAAGUUGCGAUGAAGCUUCGCGAGGCGCAUCCUCGGGAGUAUCAGCGCAAGCCGCAAGGGCCGUUCUUAAAGAGCGUGACUAAAGCGGUGGAGGCGGCGCAGCAGCGGCUGGAGGGGGGAAUUAGCCGCGAGCAGGCGGAGUUUGAGGCGAGCAUAAGGGGGAAGAAGGCGACGGAAGGCGGACGGGCGGAAGGGGGAAUGGCGGAGGACCAGCGCCUGUCGCAGCUGGAGCAGGCGCACAUGCGGGCAAGGGGGAUUGUGGAGGCGGAGGGGGAAGAUGAGGGGGAAGGGGAGGGGGUAGGGAAGGCGGAAGCGGCGGGGGAAGGGGAAGCGGGGGACGCAAAAGGGGCGGGGAAAGGGAAUACGCAGGGCGCGGGAGGAAAUUCUGGCGGAAAGGGUUUAACAGGGGCUGAGGGUUUAGCAGGGACUGUCGUAGGGGUUGGCACGGGGGAGGGGCGCCAGGGGGACGGGCGGAAUGAGACUGUUGCGGAGAGGCAGGGGGGAGGGGAGGGCGGUAAGGCAACGAGUGAGGAAAUGGCAAAUGCAGAGGGGGAGAGUGAGGGGGGAGAGAGUGUGGAGGGGGAGAAUGAGGAAAUGAGUGUGGAGUGGAGUGAGGGGGAGAGUGAGGGGGAGAGUGGGGAGAGUAGUGAGGAGGAACCAGAGAGCCCUAAAGACAUCGGCACACGUGGCUUUAAUCUCCUCAAUGCGGCUCUUAGGAAAACGUACGACAAGGCUGGAACACCUGGGGGGAAGGGGGAAGGGAAGGGGGAAGGGAAGGGGGAAAAAGCAGUUGCUGAAGGGAAGGUAGAUAAAGCAGGGGGGGCUAGAAAAGCAGCCGCAAAACCUGCGUUUGCUCCUUUGAGUGCUAUAAGGGCGGCGGCUCUUAGAGAAGCAGAGAGGCUCGCAAGCAAAGGGAAGCAAGUGGGUGCAGGUGGUGGUGCUGCGGGUUCUGCUCCUGCUGUUGCUGUGGGCUCAGGUGCUGCUGUUGCUGGUGCUCCUGCUGCUGGUGUUAGUGGUGCUAUUAGUGCUGGUGCUGGCACUGCCACUGCAACUGCUGCGAAUGCCGCUACUGCUGCUACUGCCACCGCCGCAGCAGCUGCUGGUGCUGCCGUUUCUGCUGCUGCUGCUGCUGCUGGCCCGUUGGUGGGGAACGGAGUAGCAAAGGCUUCUGGCGUGGAUGCAGCAGGAGCAGCCUUGGAACAGCUGCAGCUGCAGCGGCAGCAGGGACAGCAGCAGCAGCAGCAGCAGGGGGAGAGAAGGGGCGUGAAGAGAAAGGAGAAGGAUGUGAUUGUGACGGAUGCUACUGAACAGGGGGUGAAUAAGGGCGUUGGAGCUGCGACUGAAAAGGAAGCAGUUGAGAUCGGAGGUCCACCAGUGGCGGGUGGGGCAGGAGCAGCAGCAGCAGCAGCAGCAGCAGCAGGGGUGAAAGCAGCAGCACCAAUUAGUGUUAAAGUGGUUCGUCCGCAAGAGCAGAUAGCUGCGAAUGGUGCUACUUUAAGUACUGGUGCUAUAAGUGCUGGUGGUGCUGUAAGUGCCGGUGGCGCUAGUUUAAGCACUGCCGGUCCUGCCAUGAGCACUGAGAGCCAGGGGAGCAAGCAAAGAGGCAGAGAGAGAGCAGGAGGGAGCAGAGAGGGAGGGAGCAGGAAGGCAGUGAGCUCCAAGAGUAAAGGAGAGGGGGGGGGCAUGACAGGUCAGAGACUAAGGGGAGUGGAGGAGGGGGCGGAGGAGGGGCCGUACAAGGUAUCUGAAAGAGGGAGGGUGAGUGAGGGGGGAAGAGGGUCGGAACGAGAAAGGCAGUCGGAGGGGUUAAGUAAAGGUGGUGGAGAAAUUAGCAGGGAUAUAUCCAGAGACAAGACAAGGCGGGUUAACACUAAGGGAAAGAAAAAGGCUGGAGGAAGAGGAUCGGGAGUGGCAGAUAUUUUUCCAGACGAAUUCGCCCCGGGGGAGGGAGGUUCGGCCGAGCCUGGAGGUACGGCCCGGGCCGCGCCUCGGGAGGUUCGGUUUGCGGAUUUCGGGGGGAUUGACGGGGUGGUGGAGCAGGUUCGGGAGCUGAUCCUGUACCCCCUGGCGCAUCCGGAGCUGUACGCUUGGCUCGGCGUCGAGCCUCCGAGAGGGGUGUUGCUGCACGGCCCCCCUGGUUGCGGCAAGACAAUGCUAGCGCAUGCUAUUGCUAGGGAGGCUGGAGUUCCGUUUUUCAAGAUUGCUGCUCCGGAGAUUGUCUCGGGGAUGUCAGGUGAGUCGGAAGCCAAGCUGCGCUCUCUGUUCUCGUCAGCAGAGAGGGCUGCUCCUGCUAUUCUUUUCAUAGAUGAGAUCGACGCCAUCACCCCCAAGCGGGAGACUGCUCAACGGGAGAUGGAGAGGCGGAUAGUGGCGCAGCUGCUGACGUGUCUGGACGACCUCCAGUCAUCUCCUGACAUGUCACCAGAGGGAGAGGAUGGGGAGAAGCUGGGGGAUGGGAGGGAGAAGGGAGAGGGGGGGCUGGGGGAAGAGGAGCAGGAGGAGGGGAAGAAAAAGGGAGAGGAGGAGAGGGAGAAGGAGAGGGAGAGGGAGAGGAGGAAGAGGUUGAAAGGCCAUGUGGUGGUGAUAGGAGCAACAAACCGUCCAGAUUCAUUGGAUCCGGCUCUCAGGCGGGCGGGCAGAUUUGAUCGCGAGAUCUCCCUUGGGAUUCCCGAUGAGUCAGCGCGGGCCCGUAUCCUGGAGGUGCUUUCCAGGAAGCUUCGGCUGGAGGGGUCGUUUAAUUUCGGGGUUAUUGCGCGGAGAACACCCGGGUUUGUGGGGGCGGAUCUGGCCGCGCUCGCUAAAGAAGCGGCUGCUAUUGCUGUAAAGAGGAUAUUUACGAGUAAGGGGGUGGCUUUGGUGGGUGAUGGACCAGGGGGAGAAGCCGCAACCGGAGCGGCAGCAGCAGGAGCAGUGGCAGGUGCAGCAGCAGCGGUAGUUGGCGGUGGGGAUAGUAUGCUUGUGGAUGGGGGAGUCGGAGCAGGAGCAGUAGGAUUAGGAGGAGCAGGAGCAGCAGGGGCAGCAGCAGCGGUAGUUGGUGGUGGUGAUUGCAUGCUGGUGGACGGGGAAGAGUACGACCAGAAGAUCAAUGGAGAGGAGGGAGAGGGGUUGAAAGGGGAGGAAGAGGGUCGAGGGGAAGAGCAGGGGGAAGGAGUGCAAGACGAGAAGGGGGGAAGUUCAGGGGAGGAGGAUGAUUGGAGGAAGCAGUGGACUGAUGAGGAGCUGCAGGCGCUGAGCAUCACCAUGGGGGACUUCGAGGCAGCAGUGGGUAAGGUGCAGCCGAGCGCCAAGAGGGAGGGGUUUACGACCAUCCCUGGCGUGACGUGGGACGAUGUGGGCGCGCUGGCUGACGUGAGGGAAGAACUCGAGUUCUCCAUCUCCAGGCCGAUCAAAUACCCUGAGGAGUAUGAGGCCAUGGGUCUCCGAGCAGCCACAGGCAUUCUCCUUUACGGCCCGCCGGGGUGCGGCAAGACUCUGGUAGCGAAAGCAAUUGCCAACGAUGCAGGGGCCAAUUUUAUCUCCAUCAAGGGUCCAGAGCUCCUCAACAAGUACGUGGGCGAGAGUGAGCGGUCGGUGCGGCAGCUGUUUGUGCGGGCGAGGGCAUCGUCGCCCUGUGUGCUGUUCUUUGAUGAGAUGGACGCCAUGGCUCCCAGGAGAGGGUCGGACGGCAAUGGAGCGGCAGAGAGAGUGGUCAACCAGCUUCUAACGGAGAUGGAUGGGAUGGAUUCUCGGAAGAGUGUGUACAUCAUUGCUGCUACCAACAGACCGGACAUGAUAGACCCUGCUCUCCUCCGCCCCGGUCGGCUCGACAAGCUUCUUUUCAUCCCACUGCCCGACGCGCCGUCCCGGGCAGCCAUUCUGGCCACUCUGAUUCGCUCCAUUCCCCGGGCAGCCGACGUAAACAAUGAGCUUAUGAACGAGCUUGCAGGAAUUAGUAAUCCUGGAGGGGGGGAAGGUGGAGUAGGAGGAGGAGAGCGAGGAGAAGGAGAGGAGGAAGGUGGAAGAGGGGGGAGGGAGGAGGAUGGAGGUGAUCUAAGUGAGAAGCAAGAGGGGGAGCAGAAAGAGAAGGAAGGGAAGGAAGGGAAGGUGGGAGGAAAGGUUCUUGCAGAGCAUAGAAGGCCCAAGGCGCCGUGUGAUGGAUUCAGUGGGGCGGACUUGGCAGCGCUGGUGCGGGAGGCCUGUGUGGUGGCGUUGCGAGAGCGCAUGAUUAGUAGAAUAACAGCUGGGGAAGCAGCUGGGGUUCCGCCUGCUGCCGCUGCUGCUGCGUCGGCCUCUGCCCCUCCUGCUGCUGCAUUUACUGCUGCUGCUCUUGCUCCUGCUGCUCUUGCUCCUGCUGCUGCGCUGGACAAGGAGCUGCAGGCUCGGCCCGGACCUGUCGUGGAGGCCCGGCAUUUCAAGAAGGCACUGACCCGGAUUGUGCCAUCUGUUUCUCCUCAGGAUAUCAAGCGGUACGAGGACCUUCGCCGCAACUUGAGGGGUGCGCGUUACCACAUUGCGGAGUGAGGAAAAGAGUGCCGGCCGGCAGAAGCUUGUUACACAAUAUACCGUACUCCUGGUAUAUGGCACUUAGUCAAGCAGUUGUGUGUGUGUGCCAGUAU